AUGGCGUUGUCAUUCCUUGCGCUUGUAUUCAUAAAGUCCCCCGGUCUGGCCCAGACCGCUUACACCGUUGCCAUAGUGUCCAGUGGUAUGAAUGCAGUCGGAACUAUAAAGUGCGCUCAAAUGGUGGCUCGACAACACGUUCAUGUUGUAAUGGCUGUAACCUCAUUUCUACUCUGCGUCAUCGUUCUUCUCAUUCCAGUCGCCGUUAAUAUAGUUUGUCCGGAUAACUCUCCGGAACAGUGGUCGCGUUUGUUUUUCGGAAUAAGCGUAAUUGUUAUUGCGACGAACAUUCCUUUUGUCUUUGUCGCUAGAAGCGAACCAGCACCUUGGACAGGAAAUAAGAUUCAUGCCUUGCCAGAAAAAAGCGAAACGGUCAGAACAGGAGGCGCGAAAAGCAAGGCAACGCAGGAAAGCUGA